AUGCCGUUGCUCCUUGGCACGUACGGUGGUGACUUUACGACAUCCGCCCAACUGCCGCGGCACACCGAAGUACGCAACGAACCCGAACGUCAACAACGCUUGGUCCUGCAAGAGACUAACUACAACUUUUACAGCUCUCGCUCGUGCGUGUCCCAGGUCGGUGAUCUCAGCUUUGUCGUCCCAGAGAAGCUCAACCUUGUCUCAACCGAGCAAUACGUCUCACUUAAUGGAGUGUCCAACACACCCCUGCGCGCUAGGAUAACAGAACCAGUUGUCGUAAGCGUAGGAGGAAGCUCGUGCAGCACGUCCCUCGUUGUCGUGCAGCCGAGAGGGCCGGCGCUGCUAGGCGUGGAUGUCCUAGUGAAGACUGGCUUGUUAGAGCUCGAUGAGGCAGGCAUGAGACUGAACAUACCAGCGCUGUACACCGAAGUCGAACCGCCCAAGCAGGUACGCAAGCACGUCGUAUCUGGUGUUGACGAGACUAAGUCCGACGAAGAACUGCUGACGUGUUCCCCAGACCUAGGAGUGGCCAGGUCGAGUACCAGGGUCGCUUCGAAGUCGAAGGACGACCUCACAAGGCAAGACUACGUCCACUACCACCCACCACCGAAGCCGAGUUAA